CGGAGGAGCCCGGGGGUCUCAGCCCCCCCGGAUGGGUGAGGGGGUACCCGGGUUUCCCCCCGGAGCCCCCCCAGCCCCCGCCCGGCCCGCAGGAGGGGAAGCUGAUCGACCGCGUGUACAACACGUACCGGCUGAUGCACACCCACCAGACCGUGGAGUUCGUCCGCAGGAAGAGCGCGCAGUACAGCUCCUGCUCGCUGCGGAGGAUGAGCGUGAUGGAGGCGCUGGAGCUGCUGGAUCAGCUCGUGGACGAAUCGGACCCCGACGUGGAUUUCCCCAACUCCUUCCACGCCUUCCAAACGGCCGAGGGGAUCCGCAAAGCGCACCCCGAUAAAG